AGCUUAAAUGAACUGCGACUGAGAGUUCGGCUUGUUUUGAUUCCCUCAGCUGGAAGUGCGUCUCUGUUAUUUCCGUUUUUUCACUGUGUCCCAGGAUGAGUGUGGUCCAGUCGAACAUCUCGACCACGAUCCGGAGCUUCAACAUAUCGGACGACAUCCGAAUCGAGGUGAAAAAGUUCCGCACCGAUGCCGGAAUCGACGAGAUCGACAUCGAGGAGGACGAGGAUGAUAUCUCCGUCAUCCAAAAAAUAGCGAAAACCUUUUCCGACCCCAACGAAACCGAGUUUGAUCCGGAAACCCUCAAAUCGAUCAUAGCCCGGCUCGAUGGCAUCGAGAAGAAUCUGGAAAAUAUCAUCUAUAUGAACGCGCAGUCGGACAGCAUAAGUGCAGUGCAGAUGAAUGGCCUGCUGAAUCGACAAUUUAUUGCAGCUGGUCCUCAAGGUGCGCUAACCAUGGCAAGCCAAUCGCCUCCAGUGGAAGCGAUGCAGGUGCAAGACGAAAUCGUCGAGUUUGAACCAAAUCGCAUCGAAAUCGAUUCCGAUGAUAACGAUUUGAUUGGCGAGUUUAUCGAGCAGGACGAGCUGAAGUUGGUGGAGUUUCCCAUCAAUCGGGUGGACGAUCUGCGCGAACUAGAGGAAUCGAUUACGACGGAUCAGGAGUCGUUUGUUUCUUUUGUGAACUUCUUGAGCGCAACCAUUCAGAAGCACAGUCGUAAUCUGGAACCAAUCCUGAGGGAUUUUGUUACAGAAAGUUUAAUUAACGAGCUUGGAUUCAACGAUGCUGAAAUCAACAUGAUGUCGUUCUAUAUAUUCAAUCAAUUACUUUAUGAUGUUUGGAAAACGGAAUAUUCCACCAUGAACGACUACCGGAAUCAACUGAGGAAAAUUGCGUGUAAAAUACAAAACCGUAAUCGCGCUACCAGAGGAAGACAAAGAUUAAUUUAGUAUGUAAUUAAAUGUAAUAAAUAACUGAUACAGUAAUAAUGUUAUAACACUUACUGCUUAAAAUAAA